AUCGAAAUAAUUCAUAUAUCUAGAAAAGUUAUACUAAUUUUUAAAAUUGUCCUUCUAAACAACGUGUUGUUGGGCUAUAAAAAGGAAGAAAUUAAAGAAAAACUUUAAAAAUUGUUCUGAUUCUUUUAGUAUUGGAUUUUCUACGAUUUCCCUUCUAAGUUUGUUUAGUAAAUAUUUUACCAUAGCCACAAAGCAAUCGUUCUUAACCCAAUUAAAAAGUAAAAGAUGUUUUAAUUAAAUAUGUAUAUACGCUGCAGGGCAUUGCAUGAAUAAAGAAAUGUCACGUUUCCUCCCCCACCGUUGUACGUGGUUAACAAGCUUACCAAGUUAUCGUUUAAAGAAGCUUACAUAGUUAAGACGUUGUUAAAAAAUUAUUUACCAAAACUUCUGUGGAAUGCGAAAUAAGAAAGUUAGGAAAUGCAUAUGUAUGUUGUAUCGUAGCGUACUAUUUUGGAAAUGUUUGAUCAACUCUUUUUACAAUGUAAAAAUCUUUCCGGGGAAUACAACUGUCGACUUUCUACGAGUAAUGUGAACCCACUUCUUCCUAAAGGCUAUAUUCAUCCUUUGUAAAGAGUUCGUGCAUGGGGGUUCUUUUUUGUUUUGUUUUUAUGCUAAUGUUUUUUAAAAUAUACAUGCCAUGUUCCUUGUUAAUACAUUCCAUGUUUUACUUAACGAAUGGCUACUUGUACAGAAGUAUAAAAUAAAAUAAAACAAGAUAUAAAAAUAAUCAUGGAUUACUUGCUACCUCCAACCAACACACAUCAUCAACAUCAAAAUGGCGAAAGUCAAGCUGAUAUUCGUUUAUUGCUUCUAGGUUCUCGAGGAGUAGGAAAGUCAGCAUUGGUAGUCCGUUAUAUCACUAGACGUUUUAUAGGUGAUUACGACCAUUCGUUUGAUACGCGAUAUAUUACAAGUGUUAAUAUGCAGAACAGAAUCUCACAAAUUGAAUUUAUUGAUCCUGUCUAUUGUGAACAGGAAACCGACGAGUUGCAGCGAAACCACGUGAUACGAACUGAUGGUAUUAUAUUAGUUUACUCAGUCACAGACCGUGAAAGUUUUUACAACAUAUCUGUUCUGUAUGAAUAUAUCCAUAACAUCCGGUUGAACGAUAUACCGCCGGUCGUAAUUGUCGCUAAUAAAAUUGACUUAGACGGAACAAAACAAGUCUCAACCACUGAAGGUUGUGAGCUUGCGCAGAAACUCAACUGCGCGUAUUACGAGACUUCUGCAGCGGAUUUAACAAUCGGAUAUGGUAGCUUAUGUGACGCAAUAACAGAGAUUAGCGAGAAUGUGCUGCAAAAACAAGCACAACGCAAAGUAUCGACUGGUCAAAGAAAAAGAUCGUUAUCUCCGAAACCUUUACGAAAAGCAAUUGUGAAGAUGUUUGGUAAACAUCGCGAACAUUGCGAUCAUCACAUUGCCGCAUUUUCGUGAUUUAUGUAGAUGGAUACACUAUGUCAACCUCGUACUUAGUACCCAGGACUCAGGCUGAUUCAGAGAGCAUAGUUCGCAUUCCAAGCAAUUUUAUUUCAUGCUAUCCUUAUUUAUCAGAAAACAUGUAUAAUUUACAUAUUGUAAUUAAAUAGAGUUUUAAAUUAUUUUGUCAGAGAAAAACUAUAAAAUUUCGCAUCGCAA